UCUCCGGGGACGCGACUGCCGCAGAGGCGCGCCUCCGGGGGUCCGGGUGCGCCCUGGCGUGCCCCGCGCCAGGGGGAGGCCCGGAAACCGGCGGUGCGGCGGCCGGGCGCAUCCCUGCUCUGUACUUUUCCGCCCGCUGCGCCCCGCCCGCCGCGCCUGCAGCAGGCCGCGGGGUCCGUUGCAGCGGCAAGGACAAAAGGAGCUCACGCGGGGCGGCAUGAGGAAGGCUGAGAUGGGCAGGUUCAACAUUUCUCCAGACGAGGACAGCAGCAGCUACAGCUCCAACAGCGAUUUCAACUAUUCGUACCCCACCAAGCAGGCUGCCAUGAAGAGCCACUAUGCGGACGUGGAUCCCGAAAACCAGAACUUCUUACUCGAGUCAAAUCUGGGGAAGAAGAAAUAUGAGACAGACUUCCAUCCAGGUACUACUUCCUUUGGAAUGUCAGUAUUUAAUCUGAGCAAUGCGAUUGUGGGCAGUGGAAUCCUUGGGCUUUCUUAUGCCAUGGCUAAUACUGGAAUUGCUCUGUUUAUAAUUCUCUUGACUUUUGUGUCGAUAUUCUCGCUGUAUUCUGUUCAUCUCCUUCUGAAGACUGCCAACGAAGGAGGGUCUUUGUUGUAUGAGCAGUUGGGACACAAGGCAUUUGGGAUGGUGGGGAAGCUCGCCGCCUCAGGUUCCAUCACCAUGCAGAACAUUGGAGCUAUGUCAAGCUACCUCUUCAUAGUGAAAUAUGAGUUACCUUUGGUGAUCCAGGCAUUAAUGAACAUUGAAGAUACAACUGGGUUGUGGUACCUGAACGGCGACUACCUGGUCCUGCUGGUGUCACUGCUGCUCAUUCUGCCUCUGUCACUGCUGAGGAACUUAGGGUAUCUGGGCUAUACCAGCGGCCUUUCUUUGCUUUGUAUGAUGUUUUUCCUCGUUGUGGUGAUCUACAAGAAGUUCCAGAUUCCUUGUCCAGCGGAGGUCGCAUGGCUGCUCAAUGAGACCGUCAACGGCACCUUGAUCCAGCCAACGGCCCUUCUGACUGGAGUGACAGCUAAUGAGACACUUCCUGACACCUGUACGCCACGUUAUUUCAUCUUCAACUCCCAGACUGUCUACGCCGUGCCCAUCCUGACCUUUUCAUUUGUCUGUCACCCCGCUGUUCUUCCGAUCUACGAGGAACUGAAAGGCCGCAGCCGUAGGCGGAUGAUGAAUGUGUCCAAGAUCUCCUUCUUUGCCAUGUUUCUCAUGUACCUGCUGGCUGCACUCUUCGGGUACCUGACGUUUUACGAACACGUGGAGUCGGAGCUGCUUCACACCUAUUCCACGGUCAUGCAGACCGACGUGCUGCUGCUCAUCGUCCGGCUGGCUGUGCUCAUGGCCGUCACCCUCACCGUUCCCGUGGUCAUCUUCCCGAUCCGGAGCUCCAUAACUCACUUGUUGUGUGCAGCCAAAGACUUCAGUUGGUGGCGGCACAGUCUCAUCACCGUGUCUAUCUUGGUGUUUACCAAUUUGCUGGUCAUCUUUGUCCCUACGAUUAGGGACAUCUUUGGUUUCAUUGGUGCGUCGGCAGCAGCCAUGCUCAUCUUCACCCUCCCAUCUGCCUUCUACAUCAAGUUGGUGAAGAAAGAGCCGCUCGUAUCUGUGCAAAAGAUCGGGGCGCUGCUGUUCCUGCUGAGCGGUGUGGUGGUGAUGGCGGGCAGCAUGGCACUCAUCAUCCUGGACUGGGUGCACAACCCCACCACGGGCGGCCACUAGUCAACACCAUCCCCAGAGCCACGAUGCCAGUGUUGAGUCUUCUCAACUAUGAUAUCUCGCCUGAUAUGUUCAGUUUCACUUCCUUUCGAAGUGCAGAUUCUUUGCGCGUUCUUCUGAGUGCAGAAUAAGUGAAAAAAAAAUUUUUUUUUUUUUUAAGGAACUUAUCUGUAUGUUAGAAAUGGAUAUUAACAGCAAAACCACGAGUCUCGGGUUAAGGGAAGUGACAAUUUUAUUCCAUUCCAGAGAAUGGACAAAUUCUUAACUUUUAUCAAGCCACAUGUUUGGCUGUGUCAUUGUUUAACUUGGAUAUUUUAUGCUUUUACUUGAAUGUGCCUAAUGGAGUCAUUCGACGUGAGAAACAAUUCUUAAUUUACAGCAAGGAGUUGAAAUAACCAUUGAGAGAAACACUAUUAUUUUUUGUACCAAAAAUACUUAAAGACCUCAGAAGCACUAUUUUACUUUGAAGAAAUUGCUUUUUUUAAAAAAAGGAAAAACAAAAAUUUUAUCUGGAAACGGUUGUCAGUAAACUCUGUACAAAGUGAUAUUUAAAAACAGUAAUACUAUGAAAUGAUUUGCCUUUUUGUAGGUAUAAUAAGCCAAAACCUUUUUUUUUUUAACCCAAAAUAACUUUGGGAGACAAUGACCUCGUGAAGUGGUAUCACAGAUCCGGUGCGUGGUCUUCCACUGAACUUUGCCUGACUGAAGGGUGGUGAGUUCAGUUCACCAGCUGAUGAACUUCCAUGUUUGCUCAUUCUCUGUCCCCAAAUAGUUGGGCUCAUUCAGACUGAAAUGUUCAGGUCUCCAACCCCUGUGGGUGGAAGCUAAUACAGCUAUUUCUAUUGAAAAUGUAGUAAUUUGGGGUUCCAAAUUGUGCAACUGGGUCAAACAGGGUUUGUUCAGUUCGAUCUGGCUGCAGAGCUGUGUGGGCAGCUCUGGGCCCUCCCCUUUCGGACAUUGUUUCUAGCAGUGAAGAACAGAUAUUGGCUGGCAUGAUGCUGGAGCACAGCUUUUCGAAAUGCUCAUGUCCUGGAAGUGGGAAUCAACUUGACCGCGUGCAGUGUGGCUGUGUUUGUGUUUAAUCUACAAUAGGGCUCUCUCCGCAGGUCACACCAGUGCUGGUGUAAUUCAAGUUCUCUCUGUGUAGGCCACUGGGUUUCUCAUGCAGUCAGCUUUGUAAAAACAUCGUUUGCACUGGAUUGUCAUCUCAUUCUUGUACAAGAUGGAAUUCUGUUUACGUCCAGCAAGUGAGCUGCAAAGGGAGGAGUGGGCAGGGGCAUGUGUUAUGGUUUGACCCCCGUCGCAGCCACCGUCAGAAGUGGGCACGCUGCUCUGAGCCUUGGCUUGAAGAGAACGCUCACUGUACGUCGCAGUGUGGUUCCAUCAUGUGGUGCUUGACUCGGCGGUGUCAUGGCUAAAACCUCACAUGCUCAAUUCCAUCAGGUGGUUAUGGGAAGCAAGUAAUGGACUCCUCCACUGUCCAUCUGGCUGCGGGGUUCUCUCUCUCUCUCGAAUAUUUCUCCUGUUGGGCCCGGGCUAGAAAGAGGGCAGGCAUGGUUUUGUUACAUGUUCUUCUAUUCUCUGUGACUGACUGAUACACAGGCAGGGUGCCUAUGAUGAAAGACCCUUACAGAACUGGAAGACGUCUCAUGGUGCCUCACUGGGGGAACCCCGUGGUCCGCUUUGUCUUCUGCAAAGACGUCAUCUGGGACCAGGCAGAAACUGAACUGGCAGUGAGCAGAUGGUGUCUCCUGCACUGCCCUCAUGUAACUGGGCUUUGGGUACAACCACACCGAUCCACGGCCUCAACACUGGCUCCACCAAGAGCCAUGCUUGUGCUCAUCUGGUGUCUGAACUGUGUAUGUGUGGGUAAGCACCCUGGCACCCAGUGGGGAGGAGGAAGUGAGGCUGUUGCCACUCAGUCACCUGCCUGGGUUCGUCCCUUUGCUGCCCUGAGGUCCUGUGCAUCCCGUGAAUGAGCAGUCUUCAGUAUUAACCACUGUCAUCACCUCCUCUUGCAUUACUGUCUUCCAUGGGUGUUUCAGUUGUAACUGUAAUGUUAUUUAUAGAACAGCAUUAAUCCAUGAGAGCUAACCUAUUGCAAUAUUUAUGAGACCUGUACAUACAUCAUCUGCCUAUGUAUUUGUAAAUAGGUUGUAUAUAGUGUCAAGUGGGGGUGUCUUGGGUUCAAGUGUAUAUAGUCCUGUAAGAUUUCUUCACUGCAGUUUGGUGGUUCCCCAUUAUAUAUAUGUAGAUGUGUGUGUGUGUGUGUAACAAUUGUCCCCAGAGUCUGCACAGAGAAUACAGGAUAAAAAAAAGGCACACAUUGUGUACAAGCCCCAGAAGUUUAAAAUGUUCAUUUUAGUUGUAUUCACAACAAACUGUUGGCCAUCAGUUUUUUAAAAUGAAGAUUUGGUUGGAGUUCAGACCCCUGCUUUGAGUACACCUGUUCCAAAUGCAGUUGAUUGGCAAUGUGAUAGAGCGUUUUGCAGGCCUUUAAGAACCAGGGCAUGCUGACUGCCUGUACAUAGAUGUAAAUACCUCACAGUGUGUCGGGCCCUGACCCACAGGGCUGCUUGGCUGGGAGUGCUGUGCCCACUGUUUCAAUGAAAUGAUGUAUGUUUGUUGUAACGGAACUAAAAUAAACACUUGCUUACUCCUCA